UACACACGAAGUCAUCGCUCGCUUUCCGACAUUGGCGCAAACGGCCGGUAUAAAGUAUCUACGUAAUAGCUGUCACCUUUCAAUACAUCAUUAUCGUCUCGCGCGCCUGACUCGACGUGAUUACUUACUGCUUAUCUUCUUUAUACCUCGGCGUUACUGGACAAUUUGCCACGCCUACCACCAUCGCCAGACGCACACCUUCGAUGGGCCACAACGAAGCAUACAGCCUUGACUCAUAUACACCAAACCACCGCUAAGGCUCCUUGCCAUUCUAUGUGCUUGGCGCGGCUGCGAGGCGUACCAUGGCCAGCACCGCUAAAGCCCAGCGCGAGAGCGUGGGCUAUGUAGCAGCACAGUCGCCCUUGCCGCAAUCUCGAGAGCUCGGUGAAAUGACUCCCGCUCCCACGCAAACCACUCAGAUAGCGCCCUUCUCCAAAUCAUGGCCUUAUCUUGUUGCUGGAGCAACCGGCGGUAUGACGGCCGCCGUUUUGACGGCGCCCCUCGAUGUCCUCAAGACUCGACUGCAAUCCGACUUCUACCAGGCGCAACUCCGAGCCGCCCGGGCUGCUGCUGGCAAUGUCCGUCUCGGCCCUCUACGGUCAGCAACUUACCACUUGGCCGAGACAAUCCACAUCCUCCGUGACGUAUACCGGAUAGAAGGCUGGCGUGCGCUAUUCAAAGGACUCGGACCCAACCUUAUCGGCGUAAUACCGGCUAGGAGCAUCAACUUCUACGUCUAUCCCAUGGGCAAGCGCACCUACUCAGAAUGGACCGGCCUGGGACCGACAAGCCCUGUUGUCCACCUUGCGAGUGCAAUCACUGCUGGAAUCGCAACCGGCACAGCAACGAACCCAAUCUGGCUAGUUAAGACACGGCUACAGCUUGACAAGAAUAAUGCAGAACGCAGGGGCGACAUCGGCGCGCGACGCUACCGUAACAGUUGGGACUGUAUAAAACAAGUCCUGCGGGAUGAGGGGCCCAGGGGCUUCUUCAAGGGUCUCAGCGCGAGCUACUUGGGUGUCACAGAGAGCACGUUACAGUGGGUUAUGUACGAGGAAUUGAAGAGGCGUUUGCGGCUGCGCGAAGAGCGUAUCGCCACCAGCGGUCGCGAGAAGACCUGGUGGGAUGAAACGGUCAGCUGGACAGGCAACGCGAUGGGCGCGGGCGCCGCCAAAGGCUUAGCAGCUAUACUGACAUAUCCGCAUGAGGUCGCUAGAACACGGCUGAGACAAGCCCCUAUGGCAGAUGGACGUCCGAAGUACAGCGGCCUUGUACAAUGCUUCAAGUUGGUAUGGAAGGAGGAGGGCUUCAUCGGACUCUAUGGUGGCCUGACACCCCACCUCAUGCGCACGAUUCCCUCAGCCGUCAUUAUGUUCGGAAUGUACGAGGGUAUUUUGUCAUUAUUGGGUGUGAAAAGCUGAACUUGAUCAUACCGUGUUCCCGGCGCCACAAUUAUCUUGCUCUACCCAGUCAACAAGACUUGGAUGGACCAAAGGUGUCGCC